UAUUGGUCACACACAGGUUUUACAGAAGGACACAUAAAAUGGGAUGACGAAGAUCUUAACAACAAGAAUAGAUAUGGUGGUCAGGUUCCAGAUGGCCGUUAUGAUAGAAACACCGUUCUCUACUACUGCUGCCGAGCAGAUGGGCACGCCACAAAUCCCAUAAUUCUUCCUACUGACUCUCCAUUCGUCUUGCUGAAAUCUAACACUCACUUGUGCCAGCAUGUGCGAGGAAUGAAGGUUAGAAGUGAGUGGUUCCAGUGGGAUUGUGAAGAUACAAGACCUUCAAAUGGAGGUGGUGGGUUCAGACCACGCUCCUACGUGGGCAAAAAUGUCGCAGUUGAUUAUUGUUAUUAUUAUCGUUGA